AUGUCUUCCUUCGCCUCCUCUCUGCGUCCCACUCUCCGCGCCGCUUCCGGUGCUGCCUUGUCCGCUCGUUCAUUCAGCUCUUCCUCGUCGCGUUCCGUUGCGCGUUUGUUGCUCACCGGCCGUCUUGCAGCCCAGCCCGAGCUGCACGCCACUGCGUCUGGUCAGGAGGUCGUCAAGUACACGAUAGCUUCCAACCACGGCCCCAGCAGCAAGCGCCAGACUAGCUGGUUCCGAGUUUCGGCUUUCGUUGAUGGAAGCCAGCGCGAGUUCAUCACCGGCCUGCAGCAGGGAACUCUCCUGUUCGUCGAGGGAGACGCAAGCAUCCGCCAGUGGGAGGACGCAGAUGGCAAGAGACAGUCGACCUUGAGCGUUGUCCAACGCGCCGUCGAGGUCCUUAAGCGUCCCUACAACCCCGAAGCUUCCUCCGAAUCCGCCUCCGACAUCAACUGAGACAUGUUUAUAUGAUAGGUGUGGUAUAAUAAGCAUGGCAGGACGAUUCGUCGUGCUGACUGCUACGGUAUCUCGAGGUCAGGCCUCAUUCCGUUCUGCUUGGCUCCACUAUGUAUUAUAAUCUCCGAAUUUUUGCCUCAGGCUUUAAAACUUUGUCGGUGAAUCCAGAUCACGAUCUGCUACGGUCUGUUUGAUUUCUUUUCCGAACCACAUGUAUUAGUGAUUGUUGCUCUUGUGUAGAAUAUGCCCUCAUAUGACAUCCCGCUCUCGGCGUGACCGGCGUGUGUGGCGCGUUCUGCUAUAAAUAGGCCAAUUGGACUGGUCUAAUGGUCCCAGCAAUGCAGGAUGUAGUUGACUUGUCUGUUCCGAUGCCGUUGUGUCGCAUCAUCUCGAGAUGAUAUAAUUAGAUAGAUCUCAG